AUUGUGUUUACUUAACGACAGUAACCAGGCUAAAUGCACGACGAACCAAUCCCGUGUUUUCAUAAUUAGAACAAACACAAACAGUUACGUAAAAAUUCUCUCUAUUUUGGGAUCAAUUACACAAUUGGAAAUCGUUGAAAGAGUAGACUUUGUUUGAGGGGAACAUUGACGUCAUGUCCUGGUUCUCCUCGAAUUGCCUUGGUUGAUGCGAAAGAAAUUAAAGACAAAAUUCCAGACUAAUAAAAUGCUUCGAAAAGCAACGUCGAAAUAUCAAGUUGGAUUUCUUUGGAAGCAGAGCAAUCGAGAUGGGCACCAGAUUCCGGGUUUCAGAAAAACGAAUCCUUCAACGAGCGACAGUCUGCAGGUCAAAAGUGGAGUAAAGUAUUAUACUUUUUAUAAUGAACCAAAGAACGAAGCAAAUAAUGAAAAUUCCUCAAAAACUUUGAAACCCAUAAACUCGAGUAGUUGUCGCUUUGAUAAUAUUGGUGAUAGUGAAUCACUCUCCUUCAAAGAUAACCAUCGAAGCUUGAGGGUUUCGAACAAUAACAGGUGCUUACUAAAUCCGAACGACGAAAACUUUUAUGGUUUUCGCAACAAGAACAACCUUCGAAAUUAUAAAAAUCUACAAUUUGUUAAAACAGUCGAUUGUACACUGGACGUUAGUGCAAACCAGAAGGAAGUAGAAAAGAGUUCAGAUAAUAACAGACAUUCAGGAUAUUCGAAAAAUAGGAAAAACGUUUCCUUUAUUUCAUUAAAUCAAACGGCUGGAAAUUAUUCUAAACAACCAUGGUAUGUACCUAAUUUUGAUUAUUGCUUAUCAAAAGCCUCCGAGGGUUCCAAGAUUGAUAUUCUUCGCGCGUCAAGUCCUUCGAAACAACGCGGUAGUUUAAAAAAUUUCAAGAAAAUUAUGAGACCUUCACUCAAGGAAGUAGAAGCAAAUGUAAACGGUUUUAAUAUAAAAAGAAUUUCCAACGAGCCUCGACAAUCCUCACGAUGUGAAUCAGCUUACCCACAGAAACACUCGGGGCAGUCUUUACUGAACUGUGAUAUUUCAACAGCGAACAAUGCGUUUGCUAAUCACAACCGUAAACGAAACGAAGAUAUAAAGGAAAAGUCCUUGAACAAACCAUUCCAAGUUUUUACUGAUGUCUCUUCCGCUGCCACAAAAGACUCAGAUAAUAAAAGAACAAAAUUUAAAUCUAAUACAAAAUAUGCUCGGAAAUACAGCUUUCAGCAAUUAAAAAUGAAUAGCAAACUUUAUCAAAAUAAAUUAGUUUUAACGAAAACGGAAAAAAAUAAUUUCAACGAAACUGUCAAUGCAAAUAAUAUAAUACAAAACAAAACUAAUCAAAAUCGAGACUUUUCUUUUGCUGAAAGUGAAAAGAAUAGGAAAAGGCCUGAAAGAAGGAAAUUCGAAGAUAAUGAAGAAACAGUCACUGCAAAUUAUAUUUCCAGAGGAUAUUUAAAACCAGAUACAAAACCAAAUUUGUUUGAGUUAACAGGUUUAAAAUUGCCUUUACAAAUGUCUAAUAAAACUUUUAUUCCUUACCCUUUGAAAUAUUUCAAGAACCAUUCACUUCAAGCUACACAAACAAAUACAAGUCGAAUUAUAGGUUUUAACAGAAGUCCUGCUCUUCUGACAAUAAAAAACAUUGUCCUCCACGAUGCUGCAUCCAGACAAUCAAAGAAAAAGGAACUCAAAGAGAACAAUAUCCUUAAAUGGUUGGAAGAUUGUUCUAAAGUGUUACUCGAUACUAGUUUUUCUCAUAUAUUUUAGUAUCUUCAUUUUGAACGUCAGUCGAUGUUGUUAAAUCAGAAGAGUUGGCAAAACGAAAUUCGUAACUAUUUCCGCAUAAUUCUUACGAUUUCAAUCCAAGCUCAAAAUUAAUUUUCAUCACAUUUUUUAAAGAGAAGUAUAUUAAUUGUGUAUAUCUUAUCAAAAAUAAAGAGAAAUUAGAAUGAU